AGAAGAAAGUGUUUGUGUUUAAAUAUCAAUAUCCUUCGUCUAGUUUCUUCUUCAUAUCGUGUUCUUCUGUUUUUCUUCUUAUCAUGGCCGCGUCUAAUCUCUCCACCCUCUGCUCCUCUUCACACUCCAAACCUUCUUCUUUCCCUUUGUUCAACACACAAAGCUUCGGCGUCAACAGUAACACCGUUUUUCUCAACAACACAAACUCCUUUCAAACCCUUCUCUCUCAUUCCACCCACAAUCCCCGCUACACUCUGCCUCUUCCAUGCACCAAAACCACAAACACUUUCGCCUCUGUCAAUGAUGACGAAAAGCCUCGUGAAGAGUGCGGCGUUGUGGGCAUCUACGGCGACCCAGAAGCCUCCCGUCUCUGCUCCCUCGCCCUCCACGCCCUCCAGCACCGUGGCCAGGAAGGCGCCGGCAUCGUCGCCGUCCACGACAACCUCUUCCACUCAGUAAACGGUGUUGGCCUCGUUUCUGACGUCUUCAACGAGGCUAAGCUCUCUGAGCUGCCCGGCUCCUGCGCCAUUGGCCACGUCCGCUACUCCACCGCUGGCCACUCCAAGCUCGUGAACGUCCAACCCUUCGUCGCCGGCUACCGUUUCGGCUCCGUCGCCGUCGCGCACAAUGGAAACUUCGUGAACUACCGCUCCCUGCGCGCCAAACUGGAAGACAACGGGUCCAUCUUCAACACGACCUCCGACACCGAGGUCGUGCUCCACCUGAUUGCCACCUCCAAGCACAGACCUUUCCUACUCAGAGUCGUGGAUGCCUGCGAGAAUCUGAAGGGGGCGUACUCCCUGGUGUUCCUCACGGAGGACAAGCUGGUGGCUGUGAGGGACCCCUUCGGGUUCCGACCUUUGGUGAUGGGAAGGAGAAAGAACGGCGCUGUGGUUUUCGCCUCGGAGACAUGCGCGCUGGAUUUGAUCGAUGCGACGUAUGAGAGAGAGGUGAACCCGGGUGAGGUUGUGGUGGUGGACCACACGGGAAUCCAAUCCCUCUGCCUCGUGACUCAUCAGGAGCCAAAGCAAUGCAUCUUCGAGCACAUAUACUUCGCACUUCCCAACUCUGUUGUCUUCGGGAGGUCUGUGUACGAGUCCAGGAGGAAAUUCGGGGAAAUACUGGCCACUGAGAGCCCGGUCGAGUGCGACGUUGUGAUUGCGGUUCCCGAUUCUGGGGUGGUGGCUGCUCUUGGCUACGCUGCAAAAGCUGGGGUUCCCUUUCAGCAGGGGUUGAUAAGGUCGCACUAUGUGGGGAGGACUUUCAUCGAGCCCUCGCAGAAAAUAAGAGAUUUUGGAGUGAAGCUGAAGCUGUCUCCGGUGCGUGGCGUGCUUGAAGGGAAGAGGGUCGUGGUGGUGGAUGACUCCAUUGUGAGGGGCACCACAUCUUCCAAGAUUGUGAGGCUGAUAAAGGAGGCGGGUGCUAAGGAGGUCCACAUGAGGAUUGCGUGUCCACCCAUUGUUGCGUCAUGUUACUACGGUGUGGACACCCCCAGUAAGGAAGAAUUGAUUUCCAACAGGAUGAAUGUGGAGGAAAUAAGGAAGUUCAUUGGCUCUGAUUCCCUCGCUUUUCUUCCCUUGGACACGUUGAAGAGUUUGUUGGAGGAGGAUGCCCCUAAUUACUGCUAUGCUUGCUUCUCCGGAAAAUACCCUGUUCAGCCGGACGAACUUAAACCCAACAGCCUCAAUAAGUUUGAUUGGGAAGAUGCUUUCAAUGGCAGUUUGAAACCUAUUGAAGACGAGGUUUGGGCUAGAAACCAGGAGGCUGGGAAUAACAUUGUUAGUGUCUGAGAAAUGGUAAUGGUUCUGUUAUGUUCUGUUUUCUUAUGUUUGUUGGGUAAGGGUAAGCUAAGUGGGUAUUGGUUGUUGGGUUGUGUAGAUGAAUAUGUCAAACCACACACACUACACUACUACUACUACAAGAAGCUAUAAUUAUACACAGUAAUCUGGAUUCCCGAAACCCACUGCUUAAUAAGUACCCUUUGUUGGUCUGCAAGUGUGUUAAGAUAUGCAUAUAUGGAGCUCUCUCCUUGUUUAGAAUUGGAGGGACACACCAGAUUAAAUUCUGAAAUGAUGUUUUUUGUCAAUGUAGUUCCUUAAAUUACUCAAAUAGAAUGAACUAUGAAACCUAAAUAUUUCAAACA